AUGGAUUCUGACCCACCCAACAACCCCUACGCACUCCAACUGGCCACCGCGUCACUGCGCCUCAAGCUGGCACUGAAGAGGGCAGAGGAGCAACGCAGGCGCCGCAGAGAUAGUCGCCAUCCCCAAGAAGGCAAGCUCGCCGAGAGACUGGUGCAGAACCGGCUCCAACACUGGCUGGAGCGACACAAGAAGCUGAACCCGAACCAGGCCGGCUUCCGCAAGGGACACAGCACGAUCGACCAGCUCUUCCGAGUCACCCAAUCGAUCUUCGACGCCUUCGAACAACCGAAGCACCAUCGCGCCAUCCUAGUCUUGCUAGACUUCGCCAAGGCCUACGAUCGUGUAUGGCGGGACGGCCUGUUCCACAAGAUGGAGAAGAUGGGCAUCCCUGGCUGCGCCACGCGGUGGGUGAAGGCCCUGCUCACGGACAGGCGUGCUCGUGUCAGGUGGGGAAACGCCCGCUCAUCACAGCGCGUCUUCCAAGAGGGCCUCCCGCAGGGCAGCGUGAUGGCGCCGCUACUGUGGCUGAUCUAUUGCAAUGACCUCGAUGAAGACAUCAACUCCAACACCACCCGCUCUCUCUACGCGGACGAUACCGCCCUCCUGGCUACUGGACCUUCGCUGCAGGCGUGCGCCGACCAGCUACAACCGGAUCUGGACCAAGUCGCCCGCUGGCUGGACAAGUGGAAGGUCGAGGCCAGCCCAAGCAAGUGCGUCUUCACCACCUUCUCGCUACACGCCAAGGAGGUCAACGGAAAGGUCGUCCCGACACUGACCUUCAAAGGCGACCAGCUCGCGCACGAGAAGAACCCGACCUUCCUGGGGCUGACCCUGGACAGCCAGCUCACUUUCACCAACCACAUCGAGGAAGUGAAGAAGAGGAUGGCACAGCGCCGACGCUGUCUGACAGCUCUGGCGGGCAGGUCAUACGGCUGUGACCAAGCCACGCUGCGCGCGGCCUACAUCGCGUACAUCCGCAGCGUGGCCGACUACGGAGCUGCCCUCUACUCCACCCACGCUGCACCCUCCGUGCGGGCCCGGAUCGAGGCAGAGCAGCACAAGUGCGCCAGAGUGAUCACUGGCUGCAUCCGCCUCACAAACUCGGAGACCCUCAUCACCGAGGCCGGCCUGCCACCACUCGCAGUGAGAGGCUGGGAAAUAGCAGCAAUGGAGCAGGAGCGACUCGCCAGACUGCCGCCAGGAGACCCCGCCAGAGCCCUCACCGAGCGACACGUCCGCCCACGCCUCAAGCACAGGGCUCAUGAGGCCUGGCAGCGAGCGCGCACUGAGGCCAGAAGACGCGGCGAACCGCCGCCGGACCCCCCGAGCGAGGACACGGCGCUGCCCUUCAAACCGUGCUUCCGGCGGGUCAGUCAGUGGAUGGCCAAGGAGGCGGGUCUAGCGGACCUCCCACGGGAACCGCUGGCCCUGGUCCCGGAACAGCCGCCGUGGACCAACCCAGCAGACGCGGUCACCUUCCGCCUCUCCCUCCCGCGCGCCACCAGAAGAGACGACCCACCCGCCGUGAGGAAAGCUGCCGCCCUCGAGGCCAUAGCCAUGGUCAAUCCGGACUGCACCAUCUGGUCCGACGGCUCCGCCAAGUCCGGCACCAGGGACGGAGGCGGCGGUGCGCUGAUCCAGCUGCACCGGGAGAACCGCGAAGUGGAGACAUUGGUACCGGCGGGCUCGGUCUGCAGCAGCAUGCGGGCCGAACUCGCAGCGAUGUUGGCGGCGUUCACCUGCCUGCUGGCACAACCGGGGGAGACCAGGAGCCGCAUCAAGACAUGCCUGCUGUGCACCGACUCCCUCUCCGGCCUUCAGCUACUCCAGCGCGGACCGGAGGCCCAGCAGCUGGUCCUCGCCGAGCGCGUCUGGGCCGCGAUGGGCUCACUGGGGGAACAGAACACGGCCAUCAUCCUCCAGUGGGUCCCAGGCCAUGCCGACAUCGCCGGCAACGAGGCGGCAGACAGGCUGGCUAACCGUGCGGCGGCCGAGUGUGCCCAAUCGGAGACGCCCAUCGAUCUGGCCAGCGCCCGAACCGCCAUACGGCAGCGCGCCAGGGAAAUGCAGGCCACGCGUGCACACCGGCACCCGCACCCCCAGCCCACACCUGGACUCCAAGACCUCCCGCGCUGGGGGCAAGUGACCGUGUCGCAGCUGCGGACCGGCCACUGCCCCCUGGCACGAGCGACGCUCCACCGCCUGGAGCUCACCCCGGACCCUCUCUGCCGGGAGUGCGGUGCCGAGGACACCGUUCGCCACCUCCUCACCGAGUGCCCAGCAUUCGCCACCACGAGACGCCGGCUCUGGGGGGGACCCCUGCCAUCCCUCGACGAGGUCCUCUCCGGGCCGGCCGGCAAGAUAGUUGAAUACAUUCGGCGGACUCAACAAGGGGCCUUCGAUCUGCUCCAAGCACGGAUUGAAGACGAAAUCACCCGGUCGACCACCACCUUCCGCCAGCCGGUCAGUGCACCGCAGCGCCUGGCGGUGACGCUCCGCUACCUGGCGUCGGGAGAGGAGUUCUCCGCUCUGGCGCCGAGCUAA